UUUUGGGUCAGCAGCUCUUCCUCAGCAUUUCCUCUGGCCAAAAGCCCUUGUCUAACAGAGUUUUUGCUGGACUCUUCAUCACAAUUGGCAAGGAAAAAGCAGAGGAGGCUGAACAAUUAAUUCUGUUAGUUUUCAUUCCCUUUUCAUAGACUUAUUUGGGAGAAGCAGAGUGGGAGAGGACUGCAUGCUGGCAGAGCUUUUGUAUUUUAUGUCACAGGCUGUUGAAAGAGUUCUCAAAAUGCACUUCCUUUCCGUGGGCUUUAAGGUCAUUUCCCAGUGCUUGCAGAUGCAUGGCGGGCUGGGAAACCCUUCUCUCAUCACCAGGGAAUGAAAUACUCUCCGUGGCUUUUUGGAGCCAACAAAAAUCUCUUUGUCUUCUCUUCCCUCCCACUGUUUCCCAAGCAGCAAGUUUGCUGACAGGCCUUGUCGGGAAGAGGGGAGUGCUGCUCCAAGAUCCAGGAUCUGUGGGGAAAAUGAGGGGCUGAGGUGAAACAAAGGGUCUGGCAAAGUGUGUUUUGCUGAGGCAAUCACACCUGGGCAAAACAACCAAGAAACUGGAUGGCUUCUACAGUGAGCCUGGGCAAGGAAACAUUAUUGGAAGAUGGAAUGCCACCUGCAAAAAAGCCCAGGAAGCUGUUGCCAAGCCUCAAAACCAAGAAGCCUCGGGAGCUUGUUUUGGUCAUUGGGACAGGAAUUAGUGCUGCAGUUGCUCCCCAGGUCCCAGCACUGAAGUCCUGGAAGGGGCUGAUUCAGGCUCUCCUGGAUGCUGCUAUUGACUUUGAUCUCCUGGAAGAUGAAGAGAGCAGACGGUUCCAGAAGUGUCUUCAUGAAGACAAGAACCUGGUUCAUGUUGCCCACGACCUUAUUCAGAAGCUGUCUCCACGCACAAGCAACGUUCGCUCAACCUUUUUCAAGGACUGUUUAUACGAGGUGUUUGAUGACCUGGAAUCCAAAAUGGAAGAUUCUGGGAAGCAGCUGCUUCAGUCUGUGCUUCACUUGAUGGAAAAUGGGGCCCUUGUGUUAACCACAAACUUUGAUAACCUGCUGGAGCUAUAUGCAGCACACCAAGGGAAGCACCUUGAGUCUCUUGACCUGACUGAUGAAAAGAAGGUGCUGGAGUGGGCACAGGAGAAGAGGAAGCUCAGUGUCCUGCACAUCCACGGCGUCUACACCAACCCCAGCGGCAUCGUCCUGCACCCAGCCGGCUACCAGAACGUGCUGCGCAACACCGAGGUCAUGCGAGAGAUUCAGAAGCUGUAUGAAAAUAAGUCCUUCCUCUUCUUGGGCUGUGGUUGGACAGUUGAUGACACCACGUUUCAGGCCCUGUUUUUAGAGGCUGUCAAACACAAGUCAGACCUGGAGCACUUCAUGCUGGUGCGGAGGGGGGAUGUGGAUGAGUUCAAGAAGCUCCGUGAGAACAUGCUGGACAAAGGGAUCAAAGUGAUUUCCUACGGAGACGAGUACGCUGACUUGCCCGAGUACUUCGAGCGGCUGACGAGCGAGAUUGCCAUGAGGGGCCGUGCAGGUGUGCCCAAGGAGGGGCAGCAGCUGAACGGCUCUGCCGCUGCCCACGCUGACAUAAAAGGUAAGGAAGGCUCUCUGGAGCCAAGAGGCUUCACCCUGUGUUGCUCCCUGGAGUCCCAGGCAGGUGUUCAGCCUUUGCUUCCAUGCAGGAUGCAGCCCCUGAGCCUCAGCCCUGCCCAGGCCCUGAGCCAUGGCAGGGGCUCCUGGGACAGGCCCAAGCCAGGCCAGCAGCCCCCAGGGAGCCCAGCACUGUCCCACUGCUGUCCAGCACCGAGCCAGGACCCUUCCAGCAGGGAAGAGGCCAGGACAGAGCCUCCAUGGAUGAACACCUGAUCUAACAUAGUCAUUGUGGUUUUACUGGGGCUGCAUGUGCCUGCGGAGUGCGGUGUCCACGAGGGAGCUGCAGCCUCCUUUAACUUCAUACCUAGAGCUUUUAUAUUCUGUAUUUCAAUUAAAAAAUGAAACUUGAGCUUUUUUUUUUUUUUUUUACUGAAAGCUCUAGUUUUCUAGUCCUGUCUUUUUACUGUACAGUUUUUGUAUGUUGAAGUUGUAUUAAAGGCCUGCUCACUGAA